AGAGAAAGGAAGUAUUUAGUUCAGCCCUUGGAAGAAUCAGACUAAGUUAUUGUACUCACUUUUUAAAACCUAUAACAACCCAUUUUUACUCCAGUUGAAAAAUAGAAACAAUGUCGGGCUUCGUCAAAGGUCCCUCUUACGGCUUAUCCGCGGAAGUCAAAAACAAGAUUGCACAGAAAUAUGACCUCCAGAAGGAGGAGGAGCUGAGGGUCUGGAUUGAGGACAUCACGGGCGCCUCCAUUGGCCCUGACUUCCAGAAAGGCCUCAAAAAUGGAGUCAUCCUGUGCGAGCUUAUAAACAAACUUCAGCCAGGCUCUGUGAGAAACGUCAACCAUUCAUCGCUAAACUGGCACCAGCUGGAGAAUCUGACCAACUUCAACAAAGGGCUCAUUGCUUACGGCCUGAAGCCUCACGACAUCUUCGAGGCCAAUGACCUCUUUGAGAAUGGCAACAUGACUCAGUUCCAGACAACACUGCUGGCGCUGGCAAGCAUGGCUAAGACCAAGGGGUCACACUCACGUGUGGACAUCGGGGUGAAAUAUGCGGAUAAACAGAAGAGGACAUUUGACGAGGAGAAGAUGAAGGCUGGGCAGUGUGUUAUUGGCCUCCAGAUGGGGACCAACAAGUGUGCCAGCCAGGCAGGUAUGAAUGCAUAUGGCACCAGGAGGCAUUUGUAUGACCCCAAAGGUCAAAUCCUGCCCCCCAUGGACAACACCACCAUCAGUCUGCAAAUGGGAACCAACAAGGGGGCAAGCCAGGCUGGGAUGACUGCACCGGGGACCAGACGUGCCAUAUACGACCAUAAGCUGGGCACAGAUAAAUGUGACAAUAGCACCAUGUCCCUCCAGAUGGGCUACAGCCAGGGAGCCAAUCAGAGUGGCCAGAACUUUGGCCUGGGCCGACAGAUCUAUGACGCAAAGUACUGUUCGAAAGGAGGAGAGGUCACAGAUGAAACUAAUGGAGCGGGUGGAGUCUACAUCCCAGACUACCAAGAUGAGGGUUACCAAGGUUACCAAGAAGAGGAGCAGGUGUACCGGGAUGAAGGGACGGAUUACUAGAGAGAGCUGGAAAUGGGGAAGAGAUAUUAAAGAAAAAGAAAAAAAACAACCUCAAGGCAGAUGUUUUAGUUUUGUAUCCAAAGGCUGUGCCAUGUUCUUUGGGUCAUAUCCUUAUAGUAUUCCAUGAAUGUUUUCUUACACCCCCUUUUUAUGUCCAAACCCAUCGUUACAUACAUCUAAAUGAACUGUAUUUUUCUGUAAUUGUUUUAAAUGGAAAGUGACUACACAAGCCAGUUAUUUGGCUGUACUAGUGUUGUAUCCAGGGACCUUUUUAAUGUGCCAAAUGUGCUCCCCACACCCUCAUUGUUUCACUAACAUCUUAGUUAUGCUAAGGGAGUAUUUAGGGGCACAGUUUUAUCUAGGAAAUAUGUGGUUUAGAUUAAAACAAAAAACAAUCUUAAUCUUUGGAUUCUGUAGACAUCUCAACCAGUUCAUUAAGAGGACAUUUUAAAUGUGUUACGAAAUCUAGUCCUCGCCUGUGGAGCUUGGCUUGCGAUCACACAUUUGUGGUUCUUUAAUUGUGCAGAUUUUUCCGUUGUCUGCAGAACCAGUCCAACUUGUUUCGUUGGACUCGGGCAGGUAAUAAACAAACAAACAAACAAAAAAAAAACAAUAUUUGAACAUUCCAAGCACAUAUACUGGAUUUUCUAUCAAGUGAACCAUUCCUUUACAUUGGUUGAUAUGCAGACCAAUUAUAUUUGAUCAUUAUGUUUAUUAUUUAUACACAGUAGUGGAUUGAACGGGGUCUGUUUUGCUACCGUGACUCGAGUAACAUUUUUAGUCUUGUUUUUGUUUUUUUCUCUGGAGUUGUCUCUGUCAAUGGAAAAAUGAAAUGACCAAUAAACUUACCUGCUAAUUUAUAAGGUACACCUAGAGGAAAAAAAUGACACAAGCUCAUUCUUAAUUGGAGUUUAAUUUGUUUAACCUGUUUGAGAGCAUAUGAGCAUCACAGUCCUCAUCAGUGGAAAUGUUAUUAAGCUGUUUUAGUUCCAUCUAUGUCUACAGAAUAAAUUAGCACGUGAGUUGUAUGGUUUUGUUGAUGCAAUGUAAUAAAGAUAUGUAUUCAUUA